AUGUCGUCUAGUCUGAAUGAAUUCACCGACGACUCAUCUCAAGGAAAGCGAAUUUAUAGCAAGAAAGGUUGUCGUGAAUGUAAACGAAGGAAAAUUAAAUGUGAUGAAGGAAAACCUGAUUGUUGGCAAUGCCGCAGGCUAAGAAAAGAAUGUAGUUAUCCAGAAGUAGGAGAGAAAGUUUUAAGAGUGCUGCGAAAGAAGCUCAAGCAACACGAAGAACUGCAUCAAUACCAAUUCCCUCAACAUCAACAACAACCACAGCAGCUUCUAUCCCCAGUGCAACCCACUGGCCAAGAACAGGGUUUUCAAAGAGUGCGCGAUUUUGUUCCAGCAACAUUUAUGCAGGGUCCAGUGAAGGAUGCGCCAACACAAACUGGUAUUCAACUUUAUCAAUCUCCCUCUGCAAAUAUUAUGGUAUCUAAUGUUGGUCAAUCUGCAACUGUUCCACACUUCCGUGGGCCAUCACCCAUUCCUCAAAACAUUACACAGCUCGGUGCAGCUUCAAUACCAUACCCAAUGACUACUCCGCAAUAUGUUCCUGCUAUGUUGUCAGUGUCCCAACCAUCCUCCCAACCUCAACCAGCUCACAUGCAAGUACCUGUUACAGCAGUGCCACCACUGAUUCAACCGCAGUAUCCACCUUUUCUGGGACACCGACAUCCGCGACAACCCCCUGUUGUGCCUGUUAGUCCAGCACCACUCGUACCACCAUAUCAAGUCAUGAUGCAACGACAACAACAACAGCAAUCGCAACAUCAACAUCCCUCAGCUCAACAACAUACAAUAGCCACUUCCUCGAACGUAUUGCCCCGCCCCAUUCACACUCCUAUCUCGUCUGAACAAAUAAGUUCUACUCUGGAACCUACUUCACAAUCACAAUUGGAAGAGUCGCAAAUCAAGCGAUUAAAAACCAUAGGAUCGGGGUCAAUCUUGAGUUUAUUGAAUGAUACAAAAUUAUCUCGAGAUAAUUCCGUUGCAGAUGUAAGUUCGAAUACUCAAAAAUCUACUUCACAAAACGGAACAAGCACAGGAAAUGGCUUUACUACACCACCCGAAUCGUCUAUUGGUUCCUUCGAUAUCCAUGAUUUGAAUCUUCUUGCUAAUGAUUUGAAUAAUAUGGUUAGUGAACUUAUGUUUGAGUUAAAAUAUAACGAAGACGAAAACAAUCACAAGAAGAAUGGGACUGAAACUGAAGAAUGCAUUUCAAACACGAAUGCUUCGGCUGUCAAGCAGCUGCAUCAUGUAAGACACAUCCCAAUAGAUUUCAUCAAGUUUAACAAUCCAACAGACACAUCAUAUCUCGAAGAGUUCUAUAACGAGUUCUCGAAUAUCAUACUUCCGUUUAGUUCAUAUGACCGGGAGACAAAGUGCUAUUUCAACCCCGCAAGAGAUAUCAUCCUUGUCAGUGCCGCCAAUGAAAACUAUUUGUUAGCUGCUGUAUUAGCCAAUGGGGCCAGAUCAUUAUUUACUCGAACUAAAGUUCAAAAACACGAGGAGGCAUAUUGUAUAUAUCUUUCCAAAUGUUUGAAAUUGUUAGCUCCAGCGUUAAGUGCGGAUGAUAAGAGAUUAACCUCGAAUAUCGAAUCGGUAUUACUUACAGUAUUGUUAUUGACGACUACCAAUGCGUCAAACUUAAAACAAGAUUGGAGACCUCAUUUAAAAGGGGCGAAGGAUUUAUUAUUAAAGAAUUCAAUGAAGAAGAUCAAGAGUUCUAAAGUUUUGAUAUUUUGUAAAUGUUGGUUUGUCACCUUGGAGAUUCUUGCUGGUAUAAGUUCCCAAAAGGGAGGGACAUUACAAACUGAUGAAGACAUUGAUUUAUUAAUAAAUUCAGGGGAUGCACACGAACAAGAAGUAUUGAAGGAGAUUGGAAUUAUAGUCGAUAAAGGAUUUAAUAUAAUGGGAGGAUAUCAUAAUGAUUGUUAUGAUUAUUUCGGAGAUUUGAUUAAAAUCUUAAACAAGAUCAGAAAUAAUCGUAAUGAUUUUGAUCCUAGUGAUUCAUUUGAAUAUAUGCGUUUAUUUGCCAAAUUUCAAGGGCUUACAGAGCUAGUGUUUAUCAAGAAGCAAGGAUUGCUGAAGCCUCAAGAUUUCCAAAAGAUUCCUCAAGGUCAUCUUGUGGAUUGUAUUACUAUCAACGAAGAACAAUUCGUGGUCUCUUGGAUGGAUGUAUGUCACCAAUCAUAUGUAAUGGCAUGUAUGAUAACCUUAUUAAAUGAAUGUUUCAAAGAAGAUUACACAUCACCUCAAGUCCAACUACUCACAAACACCAUAGUUGGUUAUGUCUCAUAUCUCGCAAAAUUUGAUACAACAACAGGGGUUCCGGAACAAGCUAUUAAAUGUGCUUUAAUGAUGUUGCAAUGGCCUAUGUUGGUGGCAGGAAAGAGUUUGAUUCAAAAUGAGUUGAAGGAUACUGUACAAAAGUUCUUUUAUAUCCUGGGACAAAUAGGCUCCGGAGGUGCAAGUAUUGCAUUAAAAAGGGUAAGAAAUAUAUGGCUUAAGCAUGAAAAUAAGAUUACUAGUGAAGAGGAUGACAGCGAAACAGAAGAUCUUGUUUCAUAUUAG